AUGGAUGAACAUUUUCAGGAUAGACCGCUUUCUGGAUCAGGUGGGUCUACUGGACACAAAAAGAUCUCAGCAGGGCUGCUCGUCGUCGCGUGUUUUGCACUGGCCUUGAUACACCCCCAUGAGAGACUGCCCACUGUAAUUGACCGUUCGCGGAGAGAACCCCAACGGGAUGUGCGUUAUACCGAGCCUACGUGGGUGGAGAUAGCCUUGAUUCAAAGGGUAACUCUGGCCCGACAAUUUGAUGAACCAAUUGGAUCGAAGUUGGACAUUGUCAACAACAUUGUGUACGUGGCAGAAAUGAGGGGAAGUUUAAGCUCUGUUUCAUUGGAUGAUUGCAUGAGGGUUGAGUUGGUGCGAAAUGAUGCUUGCUUUACUGGGCUUACCCUGGUGUAG